ACAUGAAUGAGGAGGCGGCUGCCAUUGUUUGUGCGGAGAGUGAGGCAUGAUUCCUUGUUCAACUUGAUUGAAUCGGGCAACUGGCUAACUACUGUAAACUGAGUUGCAGGGUGGUCGCUGGUCCAAUCCUUGUUUCUAGCUAGAAUGGCAGAGAACGACGUUGACAACGAGCUGUUGGACUAUGAGGAGCCUCAGGUUGCCCCGGAGACCGCCACACCUGCUGGCAAGAAGGAGGAAAAGGGCUCUUACGUCUCCAUCCACAGCUCCGCAUUCCGAGACUUCCUGCUCAAACCAGAGCUGCUCCGCGCCAUUGUCGACUGUGGCUUUGAACAUCCCUCUGAAGUCCAACAUGAGUGCAUCCCACAGGCCAUCCUCGGCAUGGACAUCCUGUACCAGGCCAAGUCUGGUAUGGGCAAGACGGCUGUGUUUGUACUGGCCACCCUGCAGCAGAUUGAGCCUGUGUACGGGCAGGUGUCUGUGCUGGUGAUGUGCCACACACGAGAGCUGGCCUUCCAGAUCAGCAAAGAGUAUGAGUGCUUCUCCAAGUGCAGGCCUACCGUCAAGGCAGCCGUGUUCUUCGGGGGCCUGUCCAUCAAGAAGGACGAGGACGCGCUGACGAAGAACAGCCCCCACUUUGUAUUGGUAACGCCCGGCCGCAUCCUGGCCCUCAUCCGCAACAAGACCCUCAACCUGAAGAACGUGAAGCACUUUGUCCUGGACGAGUGUGACAAGAUGCAAAUUCAGACCACAGUAGGACGGGGGGGCUGAUGCCAGAUGUGAGUGACGGGAGCAAGGAGUAAGUUGAAACGUCACAGAGGAACGGUCAAUUGAAAACGUGUUCCAAUGUACCUACUAGCAUACCACUUAGAAUGCACUUCUAAUACACUGUCCUACUAAGUAGUAGUGGAUCUUGGAACAGAAUGGGAUAGAUGGUGUGACUUAAGUAAGGAUUUAGCCAAAACGUAGGAAAGUAUUUACAUUUUAUGUAGUCCCGUGGUUAUGUACAUGUUCUGAAACUUAAAGUUGCAGUUUUACACACACACAGAUGAACCCAUCUCCCUAAAUUGCACUUUGAAGAGGCAAUCGGCAGUAUAAACAUUAAUGAAGCAUCUUCCUCGCUCCUGUUUUGGAGGGGUAGGUCUGGAGAAAUUUAACCACUCUGAAAUUCGUAGAGCUAUAUGCAAGGACUGACCGUCAAUGAUAUCAGAAUUAUCAUUUUGACCAUGUUUUGAGACUAUAUAGUUUAUUUUUGCGUUUACUUUGUUUACAAGCAUUGGAAUGAAACAAGCUUGUAUUUUGGGUUCUGAUGGGGUACGAAAGUUGAACUAAGCUCAUGGGCAUUUGUUAUUCUUUUAAUUUUAAAUGUCUAAAAAUGGAUGUAGAAACUGCAGAUAUCCCCCCCCCUUUUUUUCAAGGGAUUUUGGAUAUGGCUUAAUAUUCAUGUAAAAAGUUCCAGUCUAGCACAUCUAUGCUUUGUCUUUUCGUGACUGUCUGUCUCACAAAUGGCCAGAGUUGACCCUCUCUUCACCUGGGUCUGGGGCUCUGGACAUUUUCGGGAGGAACAGUCCUGGCAUUAAAGCUAUAAUGAAAAAUAAAGUUCCAUCCAGCUCUAGUACUAGUAAUUGAUGUUCACAAUCAGAUUUGUAGUUCUUCAUUCACCAACACAGAAUGUGGUUUACUCCUUUUUUUCACUUAAUGU